GAGCUCUCCUUUCAGCUGGAUUCUGUCAACUUCGUGCAUGUUGCCAAAGCGUCUUCACCGCCGUUGAGUACGCCCCACUGCUCGUCUGCGCUGUCAUUUCUUUCUUUCGAUAAAAUCGUUAUCCCUGCGCACACACACGACCGAUCUGCGUCGGUGUGUCGCCGGCAACUGUCUUCGUUUAGGUAAGCACGUAUACUCUGUUGUGCGUGUUUGUGUGAGUGCUUUAGUCUGUGUGUGCGUACGUUCAUUGGACAUGGGAUGGCGCCAACUCUCUCGCCGCAUCGCGGUGGUCCACGACGCAACAGCGGCAACGGCGUCCUUCAACGUCGCUCGCCGAUGGGCCCGGCCACCGCGGCCUCCUGCUUGGGCGGCCGGGGCACGGCGAAAACACCCGUCAGCUGCACCAACUCAACCGACUCCCUCUUCGCCGACGUGCUUGUCCAGUGGCGCUGCCGCUGCUGCUUCCUCGGCCCCAAAACCGGUACGCCAGCCACCGUCGCGCCCGCAUCUCGCGCACGACGGCUACCACCCUCCUUCGGUCACGGCUCAUGCGAGUGAUGCCCACGACACGGCAGCUGGGAUCGGUGCGGGAGGCAACUCUGCUGCAGCGAAGGGGUGCACCUCCACCGUCGCGUCCUCCGCAGCGCCACCACCACCACCUCCGACUCCGCAUGCAGCGUUCGGCAUGCACAGCCGUUUGAGUGCGUUCGACGUCGCCGCCCGACCGCCCGACAGCUACGCCUACGUGCACGCCAAAUCGGACCAAACGGCGGCGCAGACGGGGAGACGGUCAGAGAAGGGCUCGUCGUUGACCGCAGACUCCCUCGCAUCUCAACCGUCGAAAAGUCAGACGGUUGUGUCGGUGGACGGGGAGACGGCGCCGAUCGCGGCGGCGCCUGCGGCUGUUCGACGCGUCCUGCAGCAUUCGUCGCUGUCAUCGACGGGCAGCAGCGGAUUCCCCUCCUCAUCGUCUUCCCUCCUUCCGACUGUGGCGGACAUUCCUCGACCGGAGCACACCGCAACGCCGGACGCAGCAGCAACGCACUUCGGUGCCGCGGGGCAGAACCGUAAAGAGCACUCCACCCAGUCGUUGACACCUGCGGAGCGGCACACGCGUCGAGAGCGGCUGCGACAGACCCGCCAAACUCGUGCUCAUCGGCGGCUGGAGCGGGCGGAGCAGAGCAGCGGUAGUGCCAACCAUCCCUGCCGGAUUCAAGGUGGCUGUCGCCACGUUCACAGCCACCAUCAACAGCAUCCGCCGCACGACAAGUAUGAAACGAACGGCGCUGACACGCACGUAGAGUUUCCUGGCGGCUGCCCAUACCGCCACUUCCCUGCUCAUUACUGCGUCACACAGCUGCGCGAGGGCCGCUGUUCGUUGCACGAUGUGGGCUGCUGCCCGUGGACGCACAGCGAUGUGAGCGAGGGAGUGGGUCGAAGCUCAUCCUCUGCCUUUCUGUCAAGCGACGCGCGGGGGCGACACGCGCGCUUCUCGCAGAUUUCACCGCUGACCGUUGCAGACGCCGGUGAUGACUGCGACGCGCUUCAGCAGUCGUCGGACAGAGUGGGUCAGCUGCUUCGUCUCUGCGUGGAUGCGGUGGUGGCUGCGAUGGAAGGGGCCGCAGAAGAGCACCGCCAGUUUUUCCUAGACGGUACGGCGGAUCUUUCGCUUCUAUGGCGGGCCUUACACGCGGCACAGAGCGAAGCGCCUGCUGCUGUUGGCGAUACUCGCAGCGAUGACUUGCUGCGCAUCGAAACGCUGAAGGGCGAGACGAGUGACCGUGAGACGGCGUCGACCUGGUUAGCGCUGUCCGCGUCCGCGGAUCUGGCGUGGUGUGCGAUGGCGACGGAGGAGGUGAGGGCGGAGCCUUCUGCAGCGUACACUCCUCCUCAUCUUCACCAUCAUGACGCGGACAACGGGUUGACAGAUGCUUUCUACCCCGCCACGCUAGCACCAGCACUAACACCAGCAGCAGAAGCAGCAGCAGCAGCCGGAACGUCGCCCAUGGCAAAAGAGGAGUUGGUGUAUUGGAGCAGCUUCUUUACUUACCACAGCGCUGCGUACCCUGUCACGAUGAGGGCGCCGCGGGGCUCUGCCUCUGUACCGAAUACGAUGGGCGCGGGGGAAGGCACGUCGGCCACCUCGGCAACUUCCACCACUGCAGUUGAAGCUACCCCUCGCCUCUGCCUUACCCCGUGUAUCAGUGCGUGGGUGCUGCACGCGGCAGCUGCGCAGUUACGGACAGAAACUGCUUCACUACCAAAGGGAGCCGAUGAUGCCGAUCACCGCCGCCGCGAUCUCUUUCCAGCACCGACGUCCGCCCGCGUGUGCUUCCAACACGCCACGCUGUACCUGCUGGGGUGGCGCCGAAAGGAGCUGCGUCGAUUUCUGCGCGGAGGCGAGCAUCAACAAGGUGAUUCUGCAUUGACGGCGGAUACAUGGCCAACGGCACGAGAGGUGGAUGUGGACCUCGUGCACAACACAUCAACACCGUUGCCGCAACCGCCCGCUACUGCCGCCGCCACGACAUCACCGCGUUGGGCACCGGUGCUGUUUCUUCGGGACGUGCUCAUGGCGGCGUACGUGACGGUUGAGGGCCGAGUCGCCACGACGGCGGUCGAAGAGAUGGCGGCGCACCUCUCGAGUUUCGAAGAAGGCGACGGCGUACAAGCACGCGAUGGCGAAUCUGUUUCCAUCGUGCUGCCGUCAGAUACACGUGAUUCGUUGCUGAGCGUGUUCUUGAACAUUUCCGCGGCUUGCGGCGAACAAAGCCAAGACGAGGUGGAGGUGCUGGUGCGUCGCGGAAGCUUUUUUUCUUUGCAGCGGACGAUGCAGACACCCACACCCACUGGGUCGGCGCCGCCAACGUCUCUCCAACACGGGUCUCACAGCGCUGCUUCCGCUCCCACUACCAAGCCUCCCUCCUCCCGUAGCACGCCCAGCAGCGCCGUGGCGCUGAGGGCAGCGUUUGAAGGUGCCUGGACGAAGGUGCACAGGGUCGUGCUGCAGCUGCAGUGGGGGCUGCUGAGGUGUGAAGGACAGGCACGGCUGCCUGUGCCGGACUCCGCCAGCGUUGCGACGUCCUCCACGCUGCUUCUACCCUCGGCCCUGUCGCUUUCCUUGUAUCUUCAACCCGCCCUGCUGCACAUCGUGUCCGCUGCGUCCUCCGCCUUCGCCUUGCGCUACGAGUCCGAGCUCCGCAGACGCUCCGGAUGGCAGCUGUGGACGAAUCAACAGCUCUUUGUGAAGGAGCACGCGGCGGUGUACAACGGUGCUGCGUACGCCCGGCAUUACCAGCCUGUGGCUCAACUCGGUCUGCGCAACUCAUUGCUGAACUCUCUGCUGCUGCUCUCCACGCGACACGCGAAUGCCGUCUUUGGCUUGGAGACAAGCGACGUGCGGCAGCUGCUUUUUGCCGCUCCACCACAGCACAAACGCACUACCGUGUUCAACACGACGACAACCACCGCUGCAGUCGCCACAAGAUGGUGGGCAACGGCACAGCAGUCCGAGCACCGCUUUCGCCAGCAGCACCUGCAGCCUUUUAUCUCCCUAUCCUUGGGCUUCCUCACUGCUCUGCAGGAGCUGAGUCGAUACCAGCUAAGCACGCAGCAGUCCCUCGUGCAGGCGUACGAGCAGCGCCGCACCGCACACGAGCUAGCAGGCUCGGAAGACCGCUACAGCCAUGGAGGAAAGCCGAUGAGGAGUGGCGUAUCCUCGGAUGGCGGCGGCCGUACGCGCAAGUACCACACGCCGUCCCACGAAGCUCAACAGGAAGCUCAGCGGAGGCGCGUGGAGGAGUUGAGGGGCGUCCCUUUGCUGGACAGACUGCUGCCGUACGGGUCUGCCACGGUGAGCCCAGAUGCGGCAGCGUCCCUCCUUCGUCAGCUGCUGGAGGGCGGUCACCCGUACAAGGCCUUGAAGCUCGCCGCGUCCAUCGUGCACGCCAGUCGCAUGCUGCGCCACGCUGAUCGGCAGCCGCGGCCCGUGCUCCAGCAAGGCUACCGCACCGUCCACACACGGAUAUGGAGUCGGCGCGCGCUGCGUCACGUGCUGGUGAAGAAGAAGGUGCCGGUGCUGCGCCUGGUGGGGGAUGUGGAAGGCGAAGGUCGGAAUCAAGAAGGCGGCGGCGGCGGUCGGCCCGGUGCGACGUCGCGAUGUGCGGUGCGUCCUGUCGGACUCGUCUUCGCGCUGUCGCCACGCGUGGCGGUGGAGGUGGCGCGGGUGGGUUUGCGCAUGGGGGAAGCCGGCGCCGCACUCGUCGACGGGGUCCAGCAGGAUUGCGUGCGAGGGGCGCUGGUGGACUUCACAGAGGGGCGCGGGCUGCCAGUGCCCUCGCUGGCCGACAUGGACGACGCGCUUCAGGGGUGCGUGGCAGACGACGAUGCGUGUGAGGCGUGGUGGUCGGUGCCGAGCAAGACGCAUUCUCGCGCAGGUGACUCAUCAAACUCCUUCGAUUCGUCGGGGCAGCGCCCAACUUCCAAUGGGCAACAACGUCGCGGCAACAGCGCUGGCAGCCUCCUUCAACUCCUUGGAGUUGGCGAGGGGCGGUCGUCUCCUUCCUCGUUCCGCCGCAGUUCGCUUACGACGUCUUUGCAGGAGGAGGAAUGGAUGGGCGCUCGGCAUCGGCGCAUCGCCCCGACGCCUCUUCUGCUGGAGGUGCUGCAGGGACACACGCCGCCCUCCGACGCAGCGCGGCACACCAACUACCUUCGCCUUCUCUUGCAGGAUGUCCAGCGCUUUUCUACGUGGCGGGUGCUCUUUACGUUGCAGUACCAGGCGUGUGACCGACACAGCCGCUACGCUACGGCGCGCCUCGACAGCCUCCGCAGCGCUGCCCGUGCGAUGCAAACGGUGUACGUGAUCACCACCGCUGGUCUUGGCGCCACUGGUGGUGAUGUGGCCGCUGCUUCACACUUCACAUCGUCCUCAUCAAUGGCAGAGACGUCAUCCGACUACAACGACGGGUACGCUGUUCAACGCCGACUGGCACAGGAGGCAGCGGGUGUGAUGACGCAGGUGCUGGAGUGGGUCCUGUCCGAUCCCUCCAGCAUCAGCGCGCGCCGUCGCCACGGGGCAGCGAACAGUCCGGUGCCAUCGGCGCUCAGCGGCUCGCUACGCGUGAAGGACGUGAAGUCGAUGUUAUCGCACGAUGUGAGCCACUACGACGGUUCUCUUGCGAGCGAAGAAGACGCGGAGGACGCAGCGGAGGGGCAGCAGGCCCGCCGUGCCAGACUGCAGCUGCCGGUGCUGCUUCAUCACAUAUGGACAACGUCCGUUGAGCAUCGCUCGGCGACGCAGCGAUGCACGGCGCUGUGGUCGAUCUGCGCCGCUACGCUGCUGGGCACCUCCGCUGCUGCCCUUCGUCACGCGGUUAGCAAUGGGCGAGCAGGCAGCAGUGGCAGUGGCGGUGGUUCGGAGGACGACUAUCUGGGUUUCUCGUUGCAUCACAGCUACGUGGCGGCUGGUGUGCAGAUGCGGGCACACGCACCUCAGCAAUCUGCGUACUAUGUGGACGCCACAGUCAGGGCGUUGCUGCUCUCUCCUGCUCUUCAGUCGGAGGAGACCGCCGCACAUGGCGGUGCAGCCGCUGCCGCCACCUCCGACCCCGAGUGGCCGAUGCUCCUCUCCUCCGCCCGCACACCGACGGUAUCCACGCUACGCGAGUUCCUGCUGCUGCAGCUCACGCUGCUCACCUCGCUCUUAGAAGGGCCUCCCAGCGUGGUCGAUGGGCACCCCGCCUGCACUCGAGAAAGCAUGCAGACCUUUGUCAACUCCUUCACGGCGGUGCACGGCGCCCUCCCGGUCGAUGCGCAGAACUGGCCGGCGUGGCGCCUGUGGCGGCCGAUGCUGCGGCACCCCGCCGUGGGGCACCGCUGGCUGCUCGACGCACUCCUCCACCCCUCCCCCUCGCUUCUCGUCUGGCUCGUGGCGGCGGUGGCCCGCACGGAGGUGGAGAGCUACGCGAUGCUGCGGACGUGGUUGCGGUGCCUCCCCGCUGCGUCCGGGCUGACCGCGGAACUCCGUCAGGCGCUGCUGCGGGAGACGGAGCGUCGGCAUCGCGGCGCAUUACGAAAGCGGCAGCGAGAGCAUCGGCACGGACCGUAG